AUGGCGGCUGCCACACCAAAGCUCGUGGCUCUGGGCCUCGCUGUCCUCCUGAGCGUCGGCUUCACCGGUGCCGCGAGGGUAGCCAGGUACUCGGACACGUUCUCCGGCGGAGGGGGUGGUGGCGGCGGAGGAGGAGGCGGCGGCGGCGGGUCGCAGGGAGGAUGGGGCUCCGGGUCAGGUUACGGCUCCGGCGGCGGUUACGGUGAGAGUGGUGGGUACUCGGGCUCGGGCAACAUGUGGAACUACGGCAGAGGAGGCGGCGCUGGUGGAGGCGGCGGCGGCGGCGGCGGGACGAACGGUGGGUACGGCUCCGGCGGUGGCUCCGGCUACGGCGCGGGCCGCGGAUCGAGUGGCUCCGAUUCUUCGUCUUCUUCUUCGGCACCGGGGCCUGUCAGUAUUGGCAGCGGCGGCUAUGCUACCGGUGAUGGCGAGGGCGGCGGCGGCGGCGGCGGUGGCGGCUCUAAUGGAGGCAGCGGGUAUGGCUUCGGUUCCGGCGCUGGCCAAGGCGCUGGCGAGAGCGGAUCGUCGACAGCGAUGGCGCCGGCUCCGUCCAGCGGUGGCUACUACAACGGCUACGCCGAUGCCGUCGGUGGCGGCGCUGGCGGCGGCGGCGGACAAGGUGGAGGCGACGCCGGAGCUCCGAGCUACGGUAUUGGCUCGGGAGGCGGCUCCGGCGCCGGUGAGGCCGGAAACGACGGCUCCUCCGGCGGAGGCUACGCGUCAGGAAUGGGCGGCGGCUACGGCGGCGGAGGCGGCGGCGGCGAGAACGGCGGGUACGGCAGCGGCAGCGGCAAGGGGGCCGGAUCCGGUAGCGGCGGAUACCAUUAAAUCCAGUAGAUUUUAUCGACAUGGAUGGAUUGGUCCCGUCAUUUUUAGGCUACCAGCUGCACGAGCAUGCUUAAUUUUCUAGGGUUUGUACUGCUUCGUCUUAAUUAGGAUGUUCUUAAUAAUUUAGAGGGCUCCAUCAUUUGUAUUUUGUAAUGCAAAAUGAUGCAUGUAAUGGCACUCUCCGUACCAGCAAUGAGCCAAUGAUG